AUGGAUGACUUCCAAUUUUAUGCAUUACUCAUCACCCUCACACUCAUACUCUAUGCAUGGCUCUUCACCUCCAAGCCCAAACCCACCAAGAGGCUUCCCCCCUCUCCCCCAACCCUCCCCAUCAUCGGCAACCUCCACCAACUGGGCCACUUGGCCCACCGGGCCCUCCACGGCCUCUCCCGAACUUACGGGCCCACCAUGCUCCUCAAAUUCGGGUCGAAGCCCGUCCUCGUCAUAUCCUCCGCGGAGGCGGCCCGCGAGGUCAUGCGCACCCACGACCUCUCCUUCGCUGGCAAGCCCGUCCUCAGCGCCCCCAGCAAGCUAUUCUAUGACCUCAACGACCCCAUCAACAUGCAGUAUGGCGACAGGUGGCGCGGGCUUCGCCGGAUCUUCGUGCACGAGCUUCUCGGGCCCGCGCGCGUCCACUCGUUCGACUCGAUUCGCGAGGCCGAGGUUUCGCUUCUGGUGGAGCGGAUGAGUCGACCGGGCCCGGUCGACCUGUCGGCAGAGUUCAUGACCCUGGCCAACGGCCUCAUCUGCAGAGCCGCGUUUGGGAAGAAGCAUAUGGAAACUUCUCACGGGGAGAAUUUUCUAGAGGUCAUGGACCGUGCUGUGGGCCUCAUGUUCAACUUCACGUUGGGGGAGUUCGUGCCGUGGCUGGCUUGGAUCAACGGGCUCAACGGGUUCAACGCGGCCCUCGACAAAUGCGCGCGGGAACUCGAUGAAAUUAUGAGUAAUGUUGUUAGAGAUCACUUGGAGAAAGAGAGUGGUGAGAAGGAGAACUUUAUGGAUAUAUUGCUCGGGAUAUAUAAAGGCGAGGUCUCGGGCAUGUCGAUCGACCUCAUAUCCGUCAAAGCUGUUAUUACGGAUGUUCUUGGAGCGGGAACUGAGACCUCGGCAAGGACCCUAACGUGGGUGAUGACGGAGCUCAUUCGCCACCCGCACGUGAUGAAGAGACUGCAAGACGAAGUGCGAGGGAUUACGAAGGGCAAAAAGGGAAUAACCGAAGAUGACAUCAAGAGAAUGUCGUACCUCAAGGCCGUGAUCAAGGAGACUUUCCGGGCCCACCCGCCGGUGGCCAUAUACUUCCACGCGGCCCGAGAGCACGUGAACUUUAUGGGGUACGAUAUCGAGCCCGAGACAAUGGUUUUGAUCAACGCGUGGGCCAUCGGGCAGGACCCGACAUGCUGGCAGGAGCCCGAGAGGUUCAUGCCCGAGAGAUUCUUGGACUCGACAGUCGACUUCAGGGGGUUCGAUUUCGAGCUGAUCCCGUUUGGGGCUGGGCGGAGGAUCUGCCCAGGGAUUGGGUUUGCGGCCGCUGCUAUAGAGCACACGGUGGCGAACCUCGUGAAGAAUUUCGACUUCGAGCUGCCUGGUGGGGCC